AUGUACCACAUUGCAACGUCGCUGGCUGUUCUGUACCGGGUGCUGCCUGAUGAAGGAAACACAUCAUCCAAAAACAGUUCUCUAAAGGAAGAGGAACUGAAUCGAGAAGGUGCCAAGAUCAGUGAAGCCUCAGACGAAUCCAACCUACUGAAGAGUGGUGAGGUGCUGAUGAACACACAGUGUCUGCUGGAGCUCUUCAGAUUUUGCUCUGCGUGUCUGAUCGAGUGUAGCGUUAGCGUUGACGGACACGAGAGGCUGUUUUCGGUCACCCAGGACUGCCAGAGCUGCGGAUUCCACCGGGAGUGGAAGAGCCAACCCACCUCGGCAGGCGAUCCUGUCAGAACUGUCCGUGAUGAGGCUGAAAAAGCAGUGGAGCCUGGGGUCAAGGACAGGAACAAGACACAGUCUGAAAACAAAGACACACCAGCCAACAAUCGUCCUCCAACUGAAGAGGAACCAACUUCUCAGCGGCCUACAGGUGACAAGAUCGCUGGAGCCUCACGAGAAUCCAGUGUACUGAAGAGCAGUCAAUUGCUGGUGAACACACAGUGUCUGCUGGAGCUCUUCACGUCCUGCUCCGUGUGUCUGAUCGAGUGUUCCGUUAACAUCGAGGGACACAAGAGGCUGUUCUCGGUCACCCAGGCCUGCCAGAGCUGCGGAUACCACCGAGAGUGGAGGAGCCAACCCACCUCGGCAGACGAGCUCAUGGAGGCCACGCGUAACAGGAACCACGAUGCAAAGCACAGAGGCGCGGCUUCAUACGCCAAGGUGAAGAAUGCAGUGCGGACUGGGCUCAAGGGCAGCAACAGGGUCCCUGUUGUGACUCGGAUCAGCCCUUUAGUUCGCCGGGGUAAAGGGAAAACUCCUAAGCCGAUCAAACUUGCUGGGCCGAGUGCAAACACAGACGUGCAGGAACCAGUGGAGAAGAAGCAAAGAAGAAACAGCAGGCCGAAAAGACAAGAGGGGUCAGUUUUGGAUAAAAAAGUCAAAAAGCCUGUCUCCGUGGAUGAAGAUCUUUUUACAGCUUUAAAAAACCAUGUAGAACUUAAACUUGUGGUGUGGUGCACGAAAUGCAACACCGAUGCCUCCAUCUCCUGUCUCAAGCAUCGACAUAAGAAAGUGUUCGGCUGCGCCCAGUGCGGUGACGCCCAGAAGCAAGGUUUAGAAAAACUAACAGUUCACUACGAUGACUUUGCCAACUUUCAUAGUCAUGCUGAAACUGAGCAUGGAGCCAAACCGAUCCAUAAACUGUGCCACAAAUGCUCCAAGUUCGUCCUCUCAGAUCCCGAAUCUAGAGGUCUGAAGGAGCAUAAAUGUGAACCCCAAACUCAGCAUGUCUGUCCGGAGUGUGGAAAAAGAUUCCUCACCGAGUCUGGCUUGAAGUCGCACUACAGUAAAUGUCACAAUGCUGUGGAACAGCCGUGUAAGUACUGUAUGACUGUGUUCAGCGAUAGACCAUCAAAACUGAAACACGAGAAAACUCAUUUGAAGGAAGAGAAACCGUACAGCUGCCCGAAAUGCGAGGAGAAAUUCGAAAACAGGAGGAAACGCAAAAGCCACCUCAGAUCUCAUGAGAUUCGCGUGAAGCACAAGUGUGAAAUCUGUCGGAAAUCUUUCAUGACCAUAAUCGGUAUGAUGAAGCAUAAAGCCAUGCAUGUUGGAGAAGAUCUCUCGAAGUAUCAGGCGAAGCCUCGUAUAAAGAGCAAAGAGAUUCCGAUCGAUAUGAAACAGACGGUGGUGGAUUUGAGAAGCCAGAAGAAGUCCAUCAGAGAGAUAGCCAAAGCUACAGACAUGUCGAGGUCAACGGUUGCCAGCAUCAUCAGGAAGCAGAUUCAGACUGGAGACGUGAUGAACAGGAAACGAUCCGGACGACCAAAGAAGACCACGCCGGAGGACGACCAGAUCAUCAUGUCCAUAAUGACGAAGAACCCUCGAUCGUCGAUCCGACAGAUCAGGCUGGAGCUCAUGGGGGUGGGCAGGGAGGUGUCGACCACCACCAUCCGCCGAAAACUGCACUCGCUGAACCAUUCGAUAGAAAGUGCUUAUCUGGACAACAUGGGCAUGGGGAAGUAGCUCAGAUCUCUAGCAGAUGUUUUGCUAAAUGCAUAAUCACACAAUAGUUUACCUUCUAAUGCAAACUGGGAUUAAUGUAUCAUUCAGUAAACAGCUGGAAUCAAGAGAUCCACCUCAGUUGGGUACAUUGACCAGCGGCGGAUGAGGGACUUGGGUGGACGUGUAGAGGUGCUGCUUAUUUUCAUUUCAUUAGUAAGAUUUUAUUUUUUUUUCAUUUCGUCUCCAUCAGCCGCUCCAUUCUAGUCAGGGCCGUGGCUGGAAACACUGGGCGC